AUUAUUUCCAGAGGUUUAUACAUCGAGACGAAUAAAACCCUAGCAUCGUUUCCAUUGUUUCUUUGUUCAUCACCCCAAAGCCGAGCAAAACCCAAAGCAUGGAGAAUGAUGGCAUCAACCGUGAUUCGGUGGGGGAUUUUAAGGGCCUCCGAAUUACUCAGCUAGACGAUGACGAUGACGAAGACUACGGAGGAGAAGCCGAAGCCGCACCGGAGCCGAUAGCUAUCGACGAAGUGGAUGAUGAUGAUGAAGACGAAGACGAAGACGAAGAUGAGCCUGUGACUUUAGGUUUCGUUGAGAAGCCUAAGUGCAAGUGGUCGCUUCUCCGUCAGAUGUUCCCUCACAAAGCUGGAGGUUUUCCGGCGUGGUUGGACCCAAUCAAUUUACCGUCGGGGAGGUCAAUUUUAUGUGAUAUAUGUGAAGAACCUCUGCAUUUUGUACUUCAGGUUUAUGCUCCGAUAAUGGACAAGGAAUCAGCUUUUCAUCGGACAUUAUUUCUCUUCAUGUGCCCAUCUAUGUCUUGUCUCCUUCGUGAUCAGCAUGAGCAAUGGAAACGUGCACCCGAGAAGGCCAGACGGAGCGUGAAGGUUUUUCGAUGUCAAUUGCCCUGUAAUAAUCCUUUCUAUUCGAGUGAGCCCCCAAAGCAUGAUGGGAGUGAUAAACCCUUGGGAGAUGGAGCUGCACUUUGUAGUUGGUGUGGUACAUGGAAAGGAGAUAAAUCUUGUGGGAACUGUAAGAGGGCGAAAUAUUGUUCGCAGAAACACCAAGCUUUGCAUUGGCGUUCGGGUCACAAAAGCGAAUGUCAACAGCUGAGCAUUAUUGUCGAGACAUCUGACUCAAACUCUGUCAAUAAUGGCAUUGCUCUGUCUCGAUCACAGAAAGUGGCAUGUAAAAGUCUAUGGCAAGAAUAUGAACUGGUAAAUGUGGAUGAAUGUGAGUAUGAUACGGAGAUGUCAGAGGAUGAUGAACUCUCUAAAUCCCUGGUAUCAAGGGGAGUAGUCGAUGACAAGAUGAAAUCCCUGAUGGAUGAUUUUGAGGGUGAUGCUGACAGGAAGAGUUGGGCGAGUUUCCAGGAGCGCAUAGCCAAGGCCCCUGAACAAGUGCUAAGAUAUUGUCGAAGUCCUAGCGCAAAGCCCCUUUGGCCUAUGGCCAGUGGUCGGUUGUCAAAGGCUGACAUUCCCAAAUGUAGCUCCUGCAGUGGUACUCUAUGCUUCGAAUUCCAGGUACUGCCACAGCUACUGUAUUACUUUGGGGUGAAGAACGAUGCUGACUCGCUUGACUGGGCGACUAUUGCCGUACACACGUGCGAGAACUCGUGCGAUUCCGGGGUCAGUUACAAGGAAGAAUUCGCAUGGGUGCAACUCUACAAUCAAACAGCUUGAACUUCUACAUUCAAACAGUUUUGUUCCCGUAUCUGUAAUAGAGGAGAUAAUUAUGUACCAAACGUUGGACAAAGGAACUAUACAACAUUCUUUUGAACGUUUUGUCUGUCGCGUCCA